UAUUCCUUUUUGAGGUUAUAAAUAGUAGAAUUUAGGAAAUAGCCUAAUAAAAAAAUAAGUACGGAAAAUUGUUUGUGUGGUUUAUGACGUUAGUAAGCAUCUUGUAGUAUUUCUUCUCAUUAGACGAAUUAAAAAUGUCCCAGCAGAAAAAAUGUUUUCUCAAAAGCAUCUUAGAUGACAAUAUUGCUAUUCAUCUACAAGAUAAGGUUGAAAUAUGUUUAGGAAGAUGCCCAGAAACAAAUAUAAGAGAUAAAAGGUGUUCAAGAAAACAAGUGUCGAUAACUGCAGAUUACAAUUCAGAAGUAAUCAAAGUCAAACAUCUGGGUGGCAACCCGUCAAGUGCAAAUGGAAUUAUUUUGAGGAAUGACUCUCACAUUUUAAAACAAAAUGAGUUGCUAGAAUUUUUAGUCGGAGAACAUAAAUUCAGAGUAGAAUUUGAAUCACCUACAGUAAAGCCUGAAAAGCGAAAAAAAUGAACUUCUACUUUGGAAAAUGACACAUCAGAUUCUAAACGAUUUUGUAAAGAAGAAAGCAUUUCAAUGCUGACUGCGCCUUGUAGUAAAAGUACAUGGGAGAAGAUUGAAGAUGGAAAGUUAUAUGUAUUUACCAGUGUUGGAGUCAGGAGUAGCACCAAAAUAGCAGCAUAUGAUUUGGACGGUACACUUAUCCUCACCAAAUCUGGAAGAGUGUUCCCAAAAGACAACGAUGAUUGGAAGUUGGCCUUUGGAUCUGUAAAAUCAAAACUGUCCAAGUUUGCCAGUGAAGGUUAUAAAAUUGUCAUUCUAACAAAUCAAGCAGGCAUCGGUAGAGGGAGGACAAACAUAAAUGAAUUCAAGACUAAAAUAGAGAAUAUAGUCAGAGAUCUGAAUGUACCAGUACAGGUUUUUAUUGCAACUUCCAAUUCUAUUUAUAGAAAACCAGCACCAGGAAUGUGGACAUUUCUUGAAACCAAGAAGAAUGACGGUAUCAAGAUCGACAUGUCAAGGUCAUUCUAUGUGGGUGAUGCGGCAGGACGUAUCGCCAACUGGUGUCCCGGGAAGAAGAAGGAUUUUUCUUUUGCAGAUCGCCUGCUAGCUCUGAACUUAAACCUUCAGUACUACACGCCUGAAGAACACUUUUGUAGUGAGAGGCCAGGAAAGUUUACACUUCCUAUGUUCAACCCUGCAGCUCUGGAUGAGGAUGGACCUCUUGCUGAUGGAGAUAUUGCCAAAAAAAGUCAAGAGGUGGUUAUCUUGGUGGGGUGUCCUGGUUCGGGCAAGACUCACAUCGCCCUGAGACACCUGGUGCCAGCUGGUUAUGUUCAUGUGAACCGUGACUCACUCGGUUCUUGGCAGAAAUGUGUCCUCAACAUGGAAUCGGCUGUCGCUGCAGGACGUAGUGUGGUGGUGGACAAUACCAAUCCGGACCGUGAAAGUAGACGGCGCUUUGUAGAACGAGCCAGAGUACCGUGUCGCUGCCUUGUUAUGACGACCAGCAUUGAGAAUAUCAGGCACAAUGUCAGGUUCCGGGAGAUUACAGACUCCAAGCACAUUCCAGUGAAUGAAAUGAUUGUUAAUAGUUACAAGAACAAAUUUGAACCUCCAAGUUUAGACGAAGGCUUUACGGAGAUUGUCAAUGUCAACUUUGUCCCUUCAUUCUCUGAUCCAGAGAUGAAGAAGUUGUACCGGAUGUACCUGCUGGAGAAGUGACAUUCGCCACCUGUGCAUGAUCAUGGGGAAGACACAAGUGGAAGAUUACCUUUGAGGAGCAAACUGUGAUAUUGUGACAUGCACAGGUAAACAAGAACUUGCUGUAAUUUUAUUAUUGUAUUCGGUUUAGUUAUUAAUGUGCUGAAUAAAUGUUUUUAUUAAAUUUUA